UUUGUGGCAUUGUCGUUUAUACGAAAUUGUAAAGCGCGCGCGGUAAAAACGUGUUUCUAUCAUACGUCAAAUUUAGUUUAAUUUGAGAAAUGUCAUUUGGCUCGGGGUUCGGAGUGACAACUUCGACGCCCGCUCCUGCUUUUAGCUUCGGUGCAACGGCUUCUACGACGGCGACACCGGUAAAACCGGGAUUUGGAACACCAUCUUUCGGAUUUAGUACUCCAGUUACCUCGACGCCAAGUCUGUUUGGUACUUCUUCGACUCCAGCAGCCGGUGGAUUUGGCGGUGGUACUGCCUUCGGGACACCAGCUGCCACUGGUUUUGGCAGUACAUCGACAAGUGCGUUUGGUUCUGCGCCUACCUUUGGCACAACCUCUACCACCGGGUUUGGAUCCACUCCAGGCUUCGGUAGUCCAGCUACUUCGACGGGGACCGGCUUUGGAACGGCUUCGACCUUUGGUAACACACCUGCUGCGACCACAGGCUUCGCUGGAUUUGGACCCACUACCACAACAUCCUCGUUGGGCUUUGGCAGUUUCGGCGGAUUUGGAACCGCAACAACCACAUCUGCGCCUUCUUUCUUCGGAUCGUUCGGCGCUCCGAAUACAUCGACUUUUGGUGGAGCCACAGGUUUUGGUGGAUUUGGAACAAAACCAACAACCACAGCCACAACAACUGGUUUCAGUGGUUUUGGUACAGGUGUAGGCACAGGAUUUCCUGCCUUUGGAACCGGACUGCAACAACCCCAGCAACCAUUUCAGCAACAACAACUGCAGCAACAGCAACAACAACAAACUGCUAAUACUAUAUCAGAAGCGCUAUACAAUGCCGUGUUUAACUGUCAGUUGUACAACGAUGAACGCGAUAAUCUUAUCGCUAGAUGGAAUCUUAUACAAGCUCUAUGGGGUACGGGGAAAGCUUACUACUCGAUGAACGUACCCCCUAUUGAACUUAAUCAGGAAAACCCGCUAUGUAGAUUUAAAGCGAUCGGGUACAGUCGUAUGCCAGACGCGGACAAUAACGAUGGGCUGGUUGUACUUUGUUUCAAUAAAAAGAAAAAAGAUGUUAAAGAAGGCGAAGCUCAGUUGAUCGGAUUUAUCAAUAACGUGUUAGGGAAUAAGCCGAAUUUAUCGGUGACGAUAGAUAACAUUAAAUCAACCGGAGAAGAGAAAACUCAAGUGACUAUUUUUGUUACCGAGAAAGGAAUCACUGGAGCACCGAGAAAAAUUCCAGCCAACGAAUUGUAUACGUAUUUGUCGCAACCAAUGCAGAAACAACAAUUAGUACAAAAUGGUGUUGAAGAUAUAUUGCCUUUAGUCAAAUUGGAUCCCGCACAACUUAAAGAAUAUUUAGACAAUCCACCUUGCUCUAUCGAUCCUAGAUUAUGGAAACAGGCUCAGCUGGAUAAUCCUAACCCGGAUUUGUACAUACCGGUACCGAUGAUUGGCUUUCAGCAGGUUAAACACAGAUUAAAAUGCCAAGAAGAAGAAACGGCGAGGCAUAGAAGUUUCUUAGACAUGGCCGCUGAAGAAAUACAGAGAUUACAAAGGCAGCAUACCGCGAUACAAGCUAGACUCAAAGAACAUCGAAGAAAUCUGUUAGAACUACAGCAUAGAGUAUUACAGGUGUUGGUACGUCAGGAAAUCACUCGCAAAGUUGGCUUGUCCUUGCAACCGGAAGAAGAAGUAUUGACUCGUAGGUUUGAAGCUAUGCAUUCCCAGAUCAGUGCUCCAACUCAGUUCAAAGGCAGAAUUAGCGAGAUGCUUUCUCAGUUACGUAUGAGAAGUCAUAUAGAUACCCAGAAUCAAGAGAGAUACGCGAUGGAUCCUAUAGCGCAAGACGAUAUAAAAGCGUAUCUCACAAUGGAACAACAGGGCAUGACACAACUUAUAGCAACCAUAAACGCUGAUUUAGAAAGUUUAAAAAUUAUCAAAGACGGCAUGUCCGAUCUUUUUAUGAGUCACAAUAUAUCGUGAGAUUUGUAUUAACAUAAUUUGUUUACGUAUCCUUUUUUUUUUUUCGUCUUUUCUUUUAAAUAAUUUCGACGAUGCAGUUAUCGUCGAUACUGUAAGAAUGUAACAAAGUAUGGAAGCAACAUAAAAUUUUGCACCGUUGUAGAUUGGUGCCAUAUUUAUUUUACAUCUAUUUCACAAUAGUUACGAAUUUUACGCGGGUCUGUUUAAAAAUUGAUCUACAU